AUGGCUUUGAUUUGGAUUCUCGUCGGGGGGUCCCUCGCCAUAAUCUUGGUCUACAGUCUCUACCUUGCCGCUCUGCCAAAGCCUUUACCUGGCAUUCCAUAUAACAAGGAGUCCGCCAAAAAGGUCUUUGGAGAUGUACCUCUUAUGCAAAAAGUACGAUACCGUCGGCAAUGGAUAUGGAAUCAGCCUCGGGAGCAUGGAUCACCGCUGUGUCAGGUCUUCCUUCUUCCAUUCCGCUCGCCGACAGUCAUCGUGUCCGACUACCGUGAAGUCAUGGACAUUUGCUCACGGCGAUUGAAAGAAUUUGAUAGAGGGACCAGGAAUAAAGAAUAUUUCAGCAUUGUGUCUCCGUAUUUCCAUUUCGCCAUGCCAACUACGGAUCCUCAAUUCAAAUUCCAUAAGAAACUUGUUCGUGACCUCAUGACAUCAAAGUUUCUCAACAAGGUCGCAGCGCCUCGCGUAUACGAGAAAGCCGCUGCUCUUGUUACCCUGUGGAAUCUAAAGACAUAUAAAGCUCAUGGUAAGCCUUUCGAGGCAGGGAGUGACCUUUAUUCAGCGACUCUCGACAUGAUAUGUGGUGUCGCCUUUGGUAUGGACGAUACAAAGUCCGCACUACAGCAUGAAGUUCAUCAUGUGCAGUCGACAAACCCCAUCUUUCCAAACAUCGAGGGCGAAUCGGUCCAUUUUUCACGAGCUCGAGCCAUACCUGAACUAGAGGCCCUCUUUGACAUCUCAAAAAUGCUAUCCAUAGCUCAGGCGAGCCCGUUUCCCUCCUAUUCACAAUUCCUCGCUUUGUUCAAACCAAAACAUGCAAGAGCUCAGUGGAAUAGAAGGGCCCUGAUAAAACAACAGAUAGAUCGGAGUCUCCCUAGACUUAUGUUGGCUGGCGUGGAAGGAUGCGAGAGUGCACUAGAUCAACUCCUAUGGCGAGAGAUGAAUGCUGCCAAGGAAGCCGAUCGGUUACCAGAUUACUACUCACCUGCCAUUCGAGAUGAAAUCCUUGGAUAUCUCCUUGGUGGUCACGAUACCACAGCCGCCAGCCUAUCAUGGUGGGUGAAACACAUGUCAGCCUACCAGUCCGUCCAGGCUCGCCUUCGCGAUGCCUUGCGACAGGCUCAUUCCAACGCCUAUCGGGACUCUCGGCUCCCAACCAUGUCGGAGAUUUGUGAAACAUCGGUGCCAUACCUGGAUGCUGUCAUGGAAGAAUCCCUUCGCUGCGGCUCUGUUGCGACACUUAUUGCCCGAACAUCGACUUGCGAUACACAAAUCCUGGGUUUUCCGAUUCCAAAGGGUACGGAUGUCAUACUGACAGUCACAGGCCCAUCCAUGACCGAGCCAGCUUUACCGAUCCCCGAGUCGUUGCGUUCUUUGGAGUCACAAGAGUCCAAAGACCGCGUUCCCUGUUGGGGAGAUGACGUAUCUGAGUUCAAGCCAGAGAGGUGGCUCAAGUUGGUCAAGAGUGCUGAUGGGAGUGAAGAAGAGGAAAUCUUUGACCAGAAUGCAGGGCCGAGUCUCGUCUUCUCGGCUGGACCUAGGCAGUGCUUUGGGAAGAGGCUGGCGUAUAUGAAGCUACGAACAGCAAUGACAUUGCUGAUAUGGAAUUUUGAGUUUCAGCUGCUGGAUGAGUCGUUGAACACACCGGAUAUUGAUGAGAGUUUUGUGAAUCUACCAAAGGAUUGCUACGUCAAACUUGCAAAGGCAUGA